AUGUCGAAGCGCACAGCAGACCACCAGGACGAUGCGCCGCUCAAGGGCGGCGAGCGCCCCGAUCAGAUGGACGUUGAUAUGGACAAGGACAUGGGCGAGUUCGAAGAUGAGUUUGAAGAUGAAUUCGAGAGCGAAGACGAAAUUAUCGAGGCCGGCGUGGAUGGACGGCCAGACGCCGAAAGAGAGGCUGAAGAGAAAGAGCACGCCAUGGAAGUCGACCAGGGAACCUUCAUCGUCGGACGAAGCAAGCUCGAGCCCGGCCAGACCCUGGCACCCGAUCUGACCACCUACGAAAUGCUGCACGGCCUCAACACGCCCUGGCCGUGCUUGUCCUUUGACAUUGUCAAGGAUUCCCUCGGCGACAACCGCAAAGCCUACCCCCACACCAUGUACACCGUUACGGGCACGCAAGCCGAGUCGGCCAAGGCCCACGAGAACGAGCUGCUGGUCGUCAAGUUCAGCGGCCUUAGCAAGAUGGAGCGCGGCGACGAGGAGUCUGAUUCCGACGACGACGACGAAGAUUCCGAUCCUAUCCUGGAGAGCAAGUCGAUCCCGCUCAAUUCUUGCACCAACCGUAUUCGCACGCACCAGGUCCCCAACCAAGACCCCUCUCUGCCUCCCACGACGCUUACGGCAACCAUGACCGAGUCCGCGAGCGUCUUCAUCCACGAUGUUACUCCCCACCUCACCUCGUUCGAUACGCCCGGCACUGUCAUCACUGCCCAGCAGAAUAAGCCUAUUUCUACCAUCAGAGCACACAAGUCUGAGGGUUAUGCCGUGGAUUGGUCACCGCUCGUCCCUGGUGGAAAGCUGCUGACUGGCGAUAACGACGGCCUCAUCUACAUGACCACGCGCACUGACGGCGGCGGCUGGGUCACCGACAACAGACCAUUCCAGGGCCAUGCCAGCAGCGUGGAAGAGAUCCAGUGGUCUCCCUCCGAGCAGUCUGUCUUCGCAUCCGCCUCCAGCGACGGCACCGUUCGCAUCUGGGACGUCCGAUCCAAGUCGAGGAAACCCGCAAUCACGGUCCAGGUCUCCAACUACGACGUCAACGUCAUGUCCUGGUCCAAGCACACCACCAACCUGCUCGCCUCUGGAGCCGACGACGGAACAUGGGCUGUCUGGGAUCUCAGAAAUUGGAAGGGUAAUGAUAGCAAGCCCCAGCCUGUGGCCAGCUUCAACUACCACAAGGAGCAAAUCUGCAGUAUCGAGUGGCAUCCCACAGAUGACUCCAUCAUUGCGCUGGCUGCGGGCGACAACACCGUUACGCUAUGGGAUCUGGCAGUCGAGUUGGAUGAUGAAGAGAGCAAGGACACUGCUGGCGUCAAGGACGUGCCGCCUCAGCUGCUGUUUGUUCACUACCUCAAGGAUGUCAGAGAGGUGCACUGGCACCCGCAGAUCCCGGGCAGCUUGAUUGCCACCGGUGAGGAAUUCAGCGUGUUCCGGACUAUCAGUGUUUAA